AGAUAUGGUUGGCUUGUGUUGGUGUGUUUGGUGUGGGGAUGUCUAUUGGUGUAUCGGUUGGUCUCUGCAGUGCCAUGGGGUUACUGUUUGGAACAGCUCAUAUGACGCUACCUUUUCUUUUGCUUGGUAAGAAACAUUAUAUGCAAAAUAAAGAGAAUUUUUGAAUAAAGAAUGCCUUUGAGAAAGACAUCUGGGGGUACUUGAGCACAGUAGUCACUUCGAGUUCCUUCCACUCACUCAUUGCACACUGCACUUCUCUCAUUUUAAUAAGUAGUCAUAACCUUUUCCUCUGAAAAUCAAAACUCCUAACCGCAAAACUUCGACUGAAAGCGCGAAAAAGAGCAUAUGUUGUAGGAUUUUGCAAAAGUCAACUUCCCACCAUUUAUACUUGGUUACAUGUGCAUGUCCUUUGUGCAGCUCUUUAUGCUUAGGGGUUGAAGUUUUGCGAUUUUGAAUUUUGACAUUGAAAGAAACAACAAACCCAAAUGAAUAAGCGCUAAUGAAUGUUCUCAGGAAUUGGCGUUGAUGAUCUAUUUAUAAUUGUGCAAUCGUGGUCGAAUAUUUCCUCACCAGUUCAUCGUAGUAGACCCAUUGAAGAAAGAAUUGGUCUUGCAUUAAAACAUUCUGUAAGUUCUUGUCUGAGUAUCUGUGAUUUAUAAGAGUGACUUGGAUUUCUUUGAGGACAAGUUUGUUGCUUUCUUAUUUGUUUGCUAUAUUCCACAUGUAAAAUAUAAUUUCAUUCCUGCCCAGGGGACGUCGAUAACUGUGACGACUGUCACUGAUGUGUUAGCAUUCUUGGUCGGUGGAACAACUGUAAGUACAAUUCUUCCUCGUUAAUUACAUCUUAGGGGGUAUUGAAUCAUUUUCUGAGUACUUCUCAGAUUGACCUUUAAUUUGUACAAGUAUGCCUCGUGAGUAACAUCUGAGGUAGUAUACAUGCAAUUAUUCGUUGUACAAUUCGCUCGUGAAUCACAUCUGAGGGAUAUUUCUCAGAAUAUUUCUCAGUUUGAUCUUAACUCAUGCAUUAACGCGUUUGAAAAGGUUAUAUCAAUGUUACUGUAGGAGUUAUGUAUUUAUGUCAUUGUUACAGUAGGGAUUAUUGAAUUAUUGACUACAUUACAUAAUAUAUAUGCCUUGAUUAUUAUCAUUUUGCUUGUCUACUUUGUCGACUGUUUUGAAAAUUCCUCUUAUCGCUGAUCUUAUUUUCACGUAGUACAAUGCUCAAAUACAUCUUAUAUAAUGCAAUCUAUUGUCCUUAGAUUUUACCUGGAUUAAAGUCGUUUUGUUUUUAUGCAGCAGUUGGUAAGCUCAAUUAUUUAUUGGAAUUACCGUUUCAAAAUCUUUAAAAUAAUAAAGUGCUAUAUUUGUACCUGUUUAUCAGGUAUACUAUCAGGAUAUGUGUUUCAACUAACAUUCUUUGUUGGGUGGUUGACAAUUGACGCCAGAAGGUAACCAUUAUUAUUGUUAUUCAAUUGACUGAAAUCUUGUCAAAAGUUGGAAUAUCUUUCAUAUUUUUUGUUUUUGACUGUUUUUCAAAAUAUUACUUUAGUGAUCAGUAAGUAUUUUACACUAAUUGCAUGAUUGCAUCGUUAAUGAGGUUUACGCGUGAAAGAAUUGAGGCUGAGAUAAACUUGUUAAAAUUAACGCGUGUCUGAAUGAUGUUUAUAGGAAGAAAAGCGAGUUAGACACUCAUUUGCGGCAUGUGGCUGCUGGGCAAAAUAAUAGUUGUAAAACAACCAGAAUUUGUGUCAUAAAUUAUAUAACAUUGAUUUUCAUACCAUAGAGUGUAUUCUGAUUUUUAGACAAAGUCAAAAUCGCGAUGGAUGUCUGAACUGCAUUAUUUUACCAUCAAACUACACACCCAACAAGUGUGGAUCAAUUCAAUACUCUCAGCUCUUCUUCGAGAAAAUUUAUGCAAAAAUUUUAAUGAAAUUACCAGUUAAGGUGAGGAAACUUUUAUCAUGUUUAAAUACAGCACUGGUCUAAAUAGCUUUAAUUGAAUAUUAGCAAUAUUUGUAAAAUCUAUUGCAACUACUCUUGGUAAAACAACUCAGAAAGAAGUUCCAUAUCCUAAGUUAAGAUAAUUAUAAGUAAUUUAGAAUCGGUGGAAAGAAGGUGUUAUGCGAGUUAACAGCCAUUAGAUAUAAAAUCAGAAUUUUUGCCUCUGGCUUAAAUAAAUGAAUGGUGUUAACCUCGAAUAAUUUGAAUCUAAAUAUGACAAUACAAUUCACUCCAAUAUAGUGUUUUCAUUGGGGGCUGAGGAAGCUAGAAUUACGCACACUGAUUCUGAGCAUAAGUGUAAAUUGCAGUGGGUUCUGGGGUCAUGGUUCUCCAGAGAAAUUUCUAGGCUCUCCGAGAGUUGUUCCGACGAAAAAUCUUUUCACAUAAGAAGUCAAUUUUAUCAAUAUCCAGAGGAUGCACUCCUUCACCUCCACCCCCUUGAAUUGGCCACGCCACUAAGUAUUCUGGCCUUUAAUAUAAUUAUUUGCAAUAAUUACUAACUAAUGCUUUGUUAUACAACACAUUGUUUUUUAUUUCACAUGUUUUUGCUCCUAUCCAGGCAUGCCUUAACACUGCAGUAGGCACUAAAACCCAAAAUUAUUUACUGAUGAAAAAUAACAUGGUUAAUCUGCCCUCGUAUUUAGGUAUUAACUUUAGUUGCUGUUGGCGUUCUUCUCGCAGUCAAUGUUCGAGGAUGUUUAAAAUUACGUCAACAUUUUGAACCUAAAUGGAUACUACCACGUGACUCGGUUAUAAGAAGAUAUUUGGAGGUUGAUGGGAAGGUACAGUAUAAAUUUUCAUGAAACAGCAAAGGCCAUGCAAGAUGGCGGCGCGUUGCAAUAAUUAUAAUUAAUGCAUGUACCUUUUACGGCUGCUACCGGAGUUCAACUUCUUUAUUUUAUUUUGUUUACAAGUGGGCGAGUGGUAAUAUUCAUUUUAGUGGUAAUAUUUACUUAUGUAAUAUUCAUUUUUGUAUAGGUAAUAGCUAGUAUGGUUUCGAGUGCAAUUUGGAAAAAAAACGUGCACGAAUGAGUUUUCCAAAGACUAUCAUUCGGAACGAGUGUAAUUUGAAGUCCUUCUUAGGGAGCUAUAAUAAAGUAUAUAUAUAUAUGUAUAUGUCUUUUUUCAAAUUGCACGAGAAACCAUACCAUUGAUUAUUAAUAAUAGACUAAAAAAUGAUGUGCGUAAGUUGCAUUUGGAAAUUAAGAAAAUUAAGAAAUUUGAAAAAUAGAAGAAUAAGAAAAGUAAGAAAAGUUAAAAAAAUAAGAAAUUUGCACUGUAUUUCAUUUUUUGGCACUGUAUUUCAUUUUUUGGCACUGUAUUUCAUUUUUUGGCACUGUAUUUCAUUUUUUGGCACUGUAUUUCAUUUUUUGGCACUGUACGUAUUUCGAAAAAAUUGCACUGCUCUUAGCCAAUCAGAAUUGAGAAUUUUUUUUAUGUAUAUAAUUAUUUGUCGCAAUAUAAUUUCACCUCAUGCAGUUGCAUGUCAGAAGAUUGCUUCCAGUUUGAAUCUACUAAAUACAAGAAAGCCCUUUCCUCCUGCAGGCUGCAACAACACGGGGUUAUCAAGCGAUGAAGGCUCUUACAUAGCUAGCACACUUUAAAUGUGGUAGAGCUAUAUUUAACGCAAGCGCUAAGCAUCUCAUUCUGUCACACGCCAGAAGAUGUUGGUCAUGCAAUAGCCCCAAUAUCUUUUUGCCUAUUAAUGUUUAAAUAUUCUACUGUAAUACCACUUCGUGACUUUAUCUUUCCAAUAUCUUUCCGUUUAGGAGUUCCCACACAACGGACACCCGAUUGCUAUAUAUAUCGGUAAGUGCAAUUUGCACUGACAUUAGAGACUAUAAGAAUGACGUUUACGGCUGACCGCUACCUGCAAACGGCGAAGUCUAUAUUACGUUUGUAGAAAGAGAGUAUGUUAACACAAUUUAAUUCCCCCUCCCCGCCUGCCCGUACGCUUAUGGAUAAUGUUAAACUAGCCUGGUUUCACUUGAUCAUAAAUCCUCUAUUAUUACACAAAAUGCAGCGUUAGAUCUGACUUAGUUGAACAACGGACAUCCUUUUACUACAAACAGUAUUGGUUUUCACUAUAUAUAACACCUUUCUGCACGAUAUGUGCGUCUCGAAAUAAGUUUUACAUUUUAAUAACAUGUAUUCUUUCUUAAAGGUUCGAUGGAUUAUUACAAGGAACAGACGAAGUUGCAUAAUCUCUACAGUAAACUUCAAAAUGAGACAGAACGUUUAUCCAGUAAUAGUGUCGAAAGUUGGUAUGAGGAAUAUGUCAAGUGGAUGAAAAAUAACAAACCACAUUAUGUUGACUUCACAAAUUCAAGUAUGUAUCGUUUAAUAAUUUGGUGCCAUCGUGAGAACUACAGUCAAUGUUGUACAGAAAGUUGUUGAUUUUCUGCGGGUAUUCCGGUUUUCUCCCAUAUCAAAUAUUGACGGGGAGGGUUAGAAUAAAUCCCAAACUGACGCUUCCACUGUAGCUGUACGAUCAGACUGAGUCACUUAUACGUGGCUACAGAGGCAGCCUUAUAGCCUUCAACUAGAUGCCUCCCUCAUUAGUAAGGAUGAUUACAACAUCCCUAGAUAAGCACUCACUCAAAUGGGGAGGUCACAUUUUUUGAACAUUUCCGGAAGGUUUAGGUUCCGAACCCGAAGGUCUCUGCAUGUGGGUUUUAUGUAACGUCACGUUUUCACAAGUUACUUUAAUUUUCUAUACAUACAGCCUGGCGAAACAAGUAAAUAAGAUUAAGAUUUCUAUAGCGCAAAUUUAAAUGUGGAUAUGAUCAAAAUCAAAUGUGUUUUAUAUUUUGUAUUUCAAGUGUUAUAGGAUCACCUAAUUACAUACAUGGCCUAGACUCUUUUUAAUUUUACAACAAAAUUGUGACAUUACUUUAACUGUGUUAAUCUCAAACCACUCUCGUCGUGUUGGAGGAAAUCGGAACACCCAGAGAAAACCCACGACUUUCGCCAGAGUCGACUGACUCACGAUCUACGAAGUGAAAUGCUGUAGCCUGUGUAGCACUGAGUCGCUUUAUUUUGUUGAAGGUUUUGCAUGAGGAUUUUUUAAUAAAUUGCGGGUCAGAAAAAUGGGCGAAGAAAAACAUACGAGAAAAAACGGCAUUUAUUCAUAAAUCCUCAAAACUUUCAAUAAAAUAAAGCGGAGGCUACGCAGGAUCAAACGCCCUUGCUCAAACGACUGCGCCACCAAAGUGCCAUAGGUAAGUCAUUGUAUCUCUCAAAAGGUACAAAAUUUUCGUACAGCUGUCCAUAUAGUUUUAAUUUAUGGAAUGGCGCAACCACAAAACAUCAUUACAACACAUCAUCAAAUUACAGAGAGCGUGAUUACAAUUUAUCGUUUCCAGCUAUCGACAACCCAAAUGCGUUUUACUACAACCUUAAAGUAUUUCUAAAUCGAACGGAAGGAAGAAAAUUCGCAAGUCACAUCAAGUGGAAUGAAGAUCGAAACAGAAUUGAGGUAGAUCCUUCUAUUGAAAUGAAUGUAACUAUAACGAUUUUUGACGAUAAUGGCAAACAUUCAUGAACAUUUAGGCCAGACCUCACGAACGUAUUUUUAGUGAGAUGGGAAAAUAAACGUUUUGAACAUUUUGAAACACCAACUUUUCCGCCCACAGUCUUAAACGAAUUUCUUUUGGUUGAAUCUUCUCUUUUAUUUGACUUUCCAAAGUCCUUCUAUGCAUAUCAUAUUUCCAGUCCUCGUUUAGUUUCUCCUACAAGAGUACAAUAAGAAAAAUUCUUACUCUUAGUUUCUUUCAGGCCUCGCGUUUCUCGGCAGUGCAACACAAUUUUGUUGAUUCAGUGGAGGAAGUAAAAGCCAUGGACUCGUUGAGAGGACUGGUGAAAAAUGCUCAAAUUUCACCACAGGCGAGAGUGUAUGGAUUAUCUUAUUUGUGGGCAGAAAGUUACAAG